AUGGGUUCGCAGAUUGGAGACCCUGAUGAGAUUACUGUGCUUGUCACAGGUUUUGGUCCGUUCAGAGAACAGUAUCCCAUUAACCCCUCAUGGGAAAUCGCCAACAGCUUGCCUUUGCAUCUUCCUCCGCUACGAGCCAAGGAACCUGACUCGAGGCAUGCGGCUGUUGUUCUGCCAAAGGUACGCAUCGUGGUGCACCCUGAGCCUAUCCGUGUCAAUUACCGGGUCGUGAGAGGCCUUGUGCCGUCUUUCCAUGACACGCCACAGAAGUUUGACAUUGUCAUCCACAUUGGAAUGGCUGGUCCUCGACCAUUCUACUCCAUUGAGAGGAGAGGUCACCGUGACGGGUACAAGCAUCCGGAUGUCGAUGGCGAAUACAUAGACAGAGAAGAAGAGAGAGAAAGGCAUGACUGGCCGUGGCGAGGCCUUCCAGAGGAGAUUGAGACGGAGCUGAGCCUCGAUGAAAUACUCCCUUUGUGGCAGGAGCACAGUUCGGAGGCGGAUCUGCGCAUAUCGGAAGACGCAGGCCACUUUAUGUGCGACUUUAUCUACUACUCAAGUCUGUCUGAGCUGUGGAAACUGCAGAGACCCAGAAAGGCCCUGUUUCUUCAUGUCCCAGCCGAUGCUUCGCCUACGAGUAUUACAAAGGGGAGGGAACUGACAUUAAACCUCAUUCGAUCAGUUGUUGAGAGUGAAAUGAUUGUAAAGAACAAGCUUCUGGCGAAGAAGACCUCCUGGUGGGGUUGCGGCAGUCAUAUCCAGUCCGUUAUCGACAACGUCCCUGAGGCUGAGCGCUGUGAGUGCGAGCCCAAGGUCGAGGUCGGCGGUGCUUCGUACCCGCCUAUGGCCGCGUCUCCCAACUGA